AUGGCUUCUCUCAUCGGUCUCAUCUUAUUGUCCAGCUGGGCGGCUCUAGGUCUAACAUUCCCUCACAGUGUUCUCGAAAACACUUGGAGAGGGUCACGGGUCGAGUUGGAAUCAUCUGGCGGUGGAUCAGAUGAACCUGUCCGGGGAAUAGUUAAGGUUGUGCAGCUGGAUCCUCAUACCCUGGCCCAGUCAGGUCUCUUCCGAAGGGGCCCGACCCCCAGAAGGGCCCCCUCUCUCAGUUCCAGAUUGUCCUUCCCUGCCUUCCUGUCUCAGGGGCGUCCGGGUCCAGCCCCGAUCCCUAAAGGCCCGGUGAAUCCGCUGAACUAUCUGCGCUCUAAAACCACGUCUGAGGUGGAACUGAAGAAGAGGCAAGGUCUGCAGAUGUGGCAGAGAGCCAUAGAUAAAGGAGACAAGAUGGCCGUGUCCCUGCCCGUCAGCCUGAAGGACACCAAACAGACGUGCACUGCAGUACCAUUCACACAGCGUGUGACAGCCGACGGAUGUGAAACAGUCACAGUGUAUAAUAACUUGUGCUUUGGCCAGUGCAACUCCUUGUUCAUUCCAUCUGAGGGAGAGUUUGCCAGGUCCGGCACUGGGAUGGGCCCCCAUCGCCGGACCCCCUGCUCCCGCUGCGCUCCAUCCAAAACCCACACUGUGACCGUUCCCCUGCGCUGUGGAGCCGAGGUCCGGCAGAAGCGCGUGAUGGUGGUGGAGGAGUGUAAAUGUGAAACUGGACGUGAGGAAAGGAUUGCCGUGGCUGCCACACACAAAACGACAUGA